AUGAGAUCUCCAGGCGCUCCAGCUGUGAAUGAAGGUGAUACUUGCCUUUCGUACGGGCAACUGAAGUACCUUGCGGAGUCUGUCGCCCAGCUAUUGCUCGAUCAGGGACUGGAGGACAAUGAGGUAGUUGGGAUUCGGUAUGGUCCAGGUGUUCAUUUCAUUGUUUGUCAAAUUGGCAUUAGUUUAGCCAAUGGCGUCUGUUUUCCUGUUGACCCGAGCCUUCCGGAGACUCGUAUUGAGCAACUCUUCAGGCAAGCUAGAGUGCGAUACGCUUUUUCCGACAACGGGUUUAAAGGCUAUGUCGAAACCUCUUCUCAGAUUGAUAUAGUCUCAGAAGGAUCCAAUUCCCUCAAAAUCCACCAGUCCACAGCUACAGAGGAGCCGAACAGCGUAGACGGCAGAGUAACUCACAUCCUCCACACUUCUGGUACGACUGGCAAGCCGAAACUGGUACAGAUCACUGGAGCUGCCAUCAUGCACCUCGCAUCAUCCACUGACGUAACGCCCUUGCGAUCCAACGACAAAACACUAUUUCUCAACAAUCCUAGCUUCGAUCUGUCUCUCUUCGAGGUUUGGGUCUCUCUUCUUGCGGGAGCAGAGAUUAUCGUUGCACCAAAGACAGUAACACUUGACGGCUCCGAGUUACAGAGUUUCAUUUCCCGGAAGGGUGCUACAGUCGGGUUUUUAUCUACCAGUCAUUUCCAUCUCAUUGCAUUCAACCAUCCUCAGGCUUUCUCUAGCUUAAGGUUGCUGCUCAUAGCAGGUUCUGCGCUAAAUCCGGCUGCUAUCAAAACCGUUCUUAGAAAUAAUCCACCUCAGGAGGUAUGGAAUGCAUAUGGUCCGACGGAGGCGACAACUUUUGUGACCCUUCAUCUGGUGGAUCAUCCAGAAGCAGAAAUGACACAAGUAGCAAUUGGGAAAGCCGUCGGAGACAUGCAAGUAAUACUGCUGGACAAGGAUAGUCGAAGAAUUACAAUAGAGGAGGAGCUCGGAGAAAUCUGUAUCAGUGGUCCAGGGCUCUCCAUUGGGUAUCUGAAUGGCACUGAAGAAGACCAGAGAAGAUUUCUUAAUACUUCUCCCACCCCUGGCUCCGAAGGAUACCGGCUCCCAUUGUUCAAAACAGGAGACUUGGGUUAUUUCAGGAAAGAAGCGUCAGGAGUUCUCGUCUAUGCUGGUCGGAAUGACCGGCAGAUCAAGCAAAACAACUAUAGGGUAGAGCCCAGCGAGAUCGAGUCAACUUUUAUACAGAGCCAGAUGGUCCAAGAUGUUUGUGUUCUCCAAGUCAAAGCUCUAGAUACCAAGUCCGGGCCACUACUUGUGGCCUGUGUUUUAUCACAGGAGGAUGACGUGAACAAAAUUACGGAUCUACGGGAAUACGCGUCAAAACAUUUGCCAGCGUACAUGGUUCCUGACCAAAUCAUCUCCCUCAAAGGAUUCCCACUUAACUCCCGUGGGAAAAUUGAUUACGCCACUCUCGAAAGCGAACUUAGAAAGAAGUUCCCUAGGAACAACAUAAACACACAAAGUGACGCGUGGAGCAUGCUUGAACAAAUCUGGAGAGAUGUUCUGGGCAUACAUGCGGCGCAUGAGAAUGACGACUUUUUUGACCUAGGCGCCACAUCUCUGCAGGCUGCUCAUUUGACUGUAAAAAUCCGGCAGACCUUCGGGAAGUUUAUCAGCCUACAAAAUGUUUACGAUAAUUCACGUUUUGGGAAAACGCUUCAGUUCAUCGAGUCCGCAGAGAACGGGAAAGCUACCGAGAAGAUCGCGCUGAUCCAGCGACUGAAGACUGACUCACGUUUGGCUGAUGACAUAUUACGCUCAAAUGGUACCACUCCAACAGCUCCUGGGACUAAGGAAGCGCAUAUUUUCUUGACGGGUGCAACGGGCUUCCUUGGGUCAUACUUCCUAAAGCACCUCUCGUGCACUGUGGCUACUAAGUCGCGGGUCACAUGUUUAAUCAGGUCGAGGAACAAUCUCUCCUCAAAUGCACGUCUACGAGAAGCGCUUGAAAAAUAUGGCCUUUGGGAUGACAAGAUUGAUGAACACAUCAGUGUUGUGGAUGGUGACCUUGAAACGCACCACUUUGGCCUGGCGGAUGAAGAGCACGAUCGCCUCGCUAGAUCCGUUAGCGUGAUAUACCAUUUUGGCGCACAUGUCAACUUUUGCCAGCCUUACCAAACGCACUUCGGGGCGAACGUACUUGGCACCAAGAAUGUCUUGGAUUUCGCCAGCAUUGGUCUGCCCAAAACUAUCCAUUAUGCAUCAACGAUUGAUGCGUGGGGGGCAACCGGUCUUGUGAAUGGGACAAAAUCGCUUCUCGAAGACGAGGCGUUAGAACCACAUAUUCAAGGCCCGCUACACGACACCGGCUAUUCUCAGAGCCAGUGGGUGGCUGAGAGUUUGAUGCACCGUGCCCGUGAUCGUGGCUUCCUCGUCUCGAUAUAUCGCUUGGGAACCGUAAUUUGCGACAGCGAGCGAGGUGCUGGCAAUCCCAACGAUUUCUUUGCAAGGGUUGCGAUGGGCAGUGCAAAGCUGGGGUUCUUUCCACUGAUUAAAGAUUUGCGAUGGGAGUACGUCACCGUCGACUAUGCAUGCGCAGCCAUCUACCACAUUUCACGUUCAUCUUCAAACAUUGGACGAUCUUACAGUAUCGUCUCACCGGAUCCGAAACAAUCAGUUAGUUUAGAGAGAACUGGGAAGCUCCUUCACGAAGCUGGUUAUCCUGUCAAACUGGUUUCAUACCAGGAAUGGGUGAAAGCCGUAAGCAAGGACAAGAACCUCAAUGACAGUCCUUUGUUAGCCCUGAUGCCUCUCCUCCGUGAGCCGGUGCUAGGAGAACUCACUCGUUUUGAGACGAGCCAGAAGACGCCGAUUUAUCGAACCGACAAUACCAAGGAGGCAUUGGCAGAUGCUGAUGACAUAAUCUAUGUCCCGCUUAGCGCGGAGCUGUUUCGUAGGAUGUUUCGUUUCUGGAUUAACAACGGGUAUUAUGCAGCAUAA